AUGCCGCCGCACGACCGUAAGGCGCCACCGGCUCGCCGGAUGCUGGCGCUGCCGGCGGUGUGCCCGUGCGAGGCCAUCUCCCCGGGGACGCUGCUGACGUCGCUCCUCGCCCUCGCGGCCGACGUGGCCAGCCGUGACGCCGGGGCGUUCCCCGUGCUCCGGCGAGGGGCCGGCGAGGCCCUGCGCAUCACACGCGUCCUCCUCGCCUUCCUCGAGGAGCUCCAGGAGGCGUCGGCCGCCGCGCCGCUCCCAGGCGCCGCGGUGCUCGGCCUGUCCGAGCUGCACGUGGCGAUGCAGAAGCUUCGGCUCCUGCUCGCGGACUGCGCGAGGCGAGGCGCGAGGCUGUGGGUGCUGAUGAACGCCGACCUGGUCGCCUCCGAGCUCCGGUUCGUCCUCGGCUCCGUCGCCACGGCGAUGGACGUGCUGCCGGCGGAGGUGGCCGGGGCGUCCGCCGAGGCCAGGGAGCUCGCGAGGCUUGUGUCCGACCAGGCGUGGCGCGCGGCGGUGGGGCCCGACGCGGACGACGGCCGCGCCGCGUGGAGCGUGCGCUCCAUGCUCGCCAAGUUCAGGACCAGCGCCGCGCCGCACGCCGAGGACGCCAGGAUGGUGCUCGGCCGCGUCGGCAUCACGACCUGGUGGGACUGCGCCGAGGAGGUGGCGUUCCUGGAGGCCGAGAUGCUGGAUCGCUUGGAGGACGGCCGCGAGAACGAGAACGACCUCGUGCUCAUCAGCGGCCUAAUGGCGUUCCUGGUGUACUGUCGCGUCGUCUUGUUCGACCGCGUUGAUGCCAAGAAGAAGGCUGACGCGACCGCGCCCGAGCCGACGCCGGCAGCGAGCUGCACGCCGUGGACGCCCAGCCAGGAGGCGCUGCUGUGCCCGAUCACUCUGGAGCUGAUGACCGACCCGGUGACCGUGACCACGGGCCAGACGUACGACCGGACAUCCAUCAAACGGUGGGUCAAGAGCGGGUGCCGGACGUGCCCUGUCACCGGCGAGAAGCUCCGCAGCGCGCACUUCGUGCCGAACGUGGCGGUGCGCGGCAUCGUCGAGCAGCUGCUCCUCCGCAAGGGGACGUCGCUCCACGAGCAGCCGAGCAGCAAGCACCGGUCCGCGGUGGACAAGACCGUCGCGGCGUUCGGCCCGGCGGCGGCCGGCGGCGUGCGCGUCGCCGUGUCCUGCCUAAUCGCGAGGCUCUCAAGGGGCGCGCCGGAGGAGCAGAAGAAGGCGGCGUACGAGGUGCGGAAGCUGGCGAAGCGCAACGUGUUCCACCGCGCGUGCCUCGUGGAGGCCGACGCCGUGCCGUGGCUGCUCCACCUGCUCUCCUCCGCGGACGCGUCCGUCCAGGACAACGCCGUCGCCAGCCUGCUGAACCUGUCGAAGCACGCGGCCGGGCGGCGCGCGCUCGUGGAGGCCGGCGGGCUGAGCCUCGUCGUGGACGCCGUCAACGUCGCGGCCAAGGUGGAGGCGCAGCAG